UCCACAAAGAAGACACCGACAAAGAGAAAGUGUGCCCGAACGACUUAUUUUAUUGGAGGCAACGAGAUCUGCAAGAAUACUUUUCUGUUUCUUAUGGGCAUUGGCAAAGACACCCUGGCUGAUAUAGUCAAACACUAUGAGGAGAAUGGCGCAAGACCACGUUUGAGGAAGAAGCACUCACUGCCACGUCCGCCAGCCAGGUUCAUCAGGCCUGAGGAUAUCAACAGAGUUGUGGACUUCAUAAAAAACUAUGCAGAAGACAAUGCCAUCAUGCUGCCUGGCCGACAGCCUGGGCAUAAGGAUUGGCAUGUGAAGUUGCUGCCAACUCAUGUGUCCAAGGCCUCAGUGUGGCGUCUCUACGUGAAGUCUGCUAAGGAGCUUGGUGAGCGUGCAGUUUGUAAAACCAGCUUCAAAGCACUGUGGGACCGACUUCUCCCACACAUCAAAAGUUGCCGGCCACGCACAGAUCUCUGCUGGCAGUGCCAAAGCAAUAAUGAGCAGCUGAUACGAAGUGCAAACCUCCCAGAUGACAGAAAGUCUGAAGCAGUAAAGAAGCAACAAGAUCAUCUUUCCCUUGUGCAGAAAGAGAGGGCUGUGUACAACGAGAUGACUGCUGCCUGCAAAAAGAUUUGCUCUGGCUCUAACCUGUCUUUUGGACCGUCCCUACCAGCAAGCAAGAAGAUUAGGAUGCAUUACAGUUUUGAUUUUGCUCAGCAGCCAGGACCAAUGUACUUCCUGACCCCACGGAAAUGUGGCCUAUUUGGUGUUUCCUGUGAAGGGCUGCAGAAACAGGUGAAUUACCUGAUUGAUGAAGGCAUGUCAUCUACUAAGGGAAGCAAUGAAGUCAUCAGCUACAUGCAUCAUUUCUUCGGCAACUUUGGAGUUGGAGAAACAGAGGUGGAUCUUCAUUGUGACAACUGUAGUGGGCAGAACAAGAACAACUUUAUGCUCUGGUACCUUGCCUGGCGGGUUGGACACAAGCUUCACGAUAAAAUUGAAAUCCACUUGAUUAUUGCUGGCCACACCAAGUUUUCCCCUGACUGUGGCUUUGGACUCAUCAAGCAAGCCUACAUGAAGACAAGAGUCAACACUUUGGCAGACAUCGCUGAGGUUGUGGAAAACAGCUCUCCUGUGAGUCACCUCAAUAUCCCACAGCUUGUUUGAACGGCAGAGGGCAAAGUUUUAGUCCAGACCUUCGACUGGCAGCAGCAUCUGACUCACCACUUCCGUAGACUCCCACAGAUCAAGAGUUAUCAGCACUUCAGGUACUUAUAUUGAAACUUUCACAUUGUGUACAUACAAUAUAACAUAGUAACAACAUACACAUGACAGUAUUUUAUGAGAAAAUACUUUGCCAUGUUUAAAUUGUCGUAUGUGCUUAUUCUGUCACAGCUUUGAUGCCAAGAGACCAGGUGUGGUGCUUGCAAAAACUCACUGUGAUGCACAACCUGUCGAAUAUCAGCUACUGCGCGACGGAGCAGAUCUGCCCUCUAUCGACGGUCUUUCUGUCCUGGCCCCACCUGGACUGAACAUUGACAGGCAGACCUAUCUGUAUGAAAAAAUCAGGCCAUUCUGUGCUGACGAGGCAAGAUACAUCACAUGCCCAGCGCCAAGGGUCACAACACAGAAGAGACCGCGAAUGUAAUAUCAUUGGACUGUGUCACAAAGACCUUUGUCUUAUGCUGCUAUUACCAAGUAAAAGUGGUACUUUUGGUACAUACUUGGAUUCAUACUCAUGCCCUGGAAAGUUUUUGAAAAUAAACAUACAUAGAUAC